AUUUCUAUCCCCUGGCUUCCCUUGCCUUACAUGGGAUGCAUGUAUCUGUACGGAUACCUGAUGUUUCUUACAUGGAGUUUGCAACUCCCUCGGCCCAAGUACCUACCUACCUUACCUCCACGGAUGAGUACUCAGUCAUGGACGGCAAGGUACUUUGGCCUUGCUCCAACUCCAGGGCCGGGUGAUGCCGUCCAGUUCCUCAUCGUCUUGUCGCGGUCCUGAUAUUGUUGUUUCCUUUGAACAUCCCUGCCUCAAUGCCGUUGCCGACGUUGUUGCACCUGCACAUGCGGCUGCUUGUGCCGUUACUCCAGUCUUGUGUCAUGCUAGCUCCCAUCGCCUGUUCUUGGUGCAACCAUGGUUACCUACCUACUUUGACCCCAGAGCAAGAUACGAUACGGAUACGCUGCCUGUCUUUUUGUCUGCCGGGCCUCGUCCACCUUGCCUACGCGUGUGGACGCAACACAAGUUGACAGGCCCGGGACUCUGAUUAUCAUUAUUCGCCCCUAUGUUUUCUCCCGUCCAUUCCCCCAGUACUUACACCUGCUCUCCUCCCUCCUUCUUUCAUCUUCCCAUCUUCUUUUCUUUGGUUGGAAAUCUCGUUUUUCACAUUUCACCUUUCUCUCCCUUCUUCUACGAAUUGUCAUUGGAGGAGGCUGACAGACCAGCAUACCUACUCUGUCCCCUAACCAGCUGCUAGCCAUCUAUCAUCUAUCGUGUCAACUUCACCACAGCCAGGUAGGUAGACCCUCACCUACCUAGCCACCAAGCCAUCGUCAGCAAGCAGGCAGUACAACCGCGAUACCGGGCUCAACUGCCCUGCCCUACCUGUACCUACCUUACCCUCCGAUCUCCAGCUGCGGCACGGCACUGCACACUCACAUCACAUCACAUCAAAUUCCUCCACAUCCUCUAUCAUCCGCCAUUCGUCGGAGGCACCUCAGCUCGGCUCGCCGAGAGGCCGGAAUCAAGAACCAAACCCCAGAUCCAGCCGGUUCAGGACACCCAUUCGAGCUGUAUUCAGCACGGCAAUGAGCACCACCGGACACGCCAAUUUCCAAAUCCAGACAGGAGGUCAGACUAGGCUACAAACCACCAAGACAUUUUGGCAAUAACAGUCUUUGCCGCAGGCAGUGACAGGCACAUACGGAGUACUUCCUGUUAGUCUAAGGCAGUAAGAGUGUUAGCAUCGGACCACCUCCACAAGCGAAGCCCGGACCCCAGAGUCGAUCGCACAAGUUGGCUUGCUCUCGCGACUGUCGCAACGAGGAUUCACACCAAAGGAACGUCAACGUCCAAGAACGCGCAGACGGAAAGCACAAGGCCAGCCAGACGCACCCCGGAAAACCACAGGUCACAUUAUUGUUCCUUUUUAGCCCCUCGGACGGCCAUCGAAUUUCUGCACUACUAUCACCCCUGCUACGGGCCCUUCUAUUCGUCAUCUCAAGCCAAGCUGCAUACAAGCGGCUCACUAUUGGGGGGGAGGGAAGUACUAGUCGGGUUGCUUCUGAGCUGACCUGACCUAAUCCCCGACCCGAUCUAGAGGAGGAGACACACACACUCGUCCAGAGACAGAGCGAGGAAGAAACAGAGAAGCCGAAUACCUACCUACGAACCUGUCUGGCUCGGCGUGGGAAUCGUUUUUCGACUCGAUCUGCGUGGUAGAGUAAAUUAGAGGGGCGGCCGUCUUUCUACCUGUUGGUCGCCGUGAGCUUUUCCUUACCCCGUCGUUGGAAUCUUGUAAGGAUUCUUUCUGGAGAGCAGAUUGGACUGAUUGCUGUCUGGCUCGUUGGAUCGCACCCGUCACAUCGUCCGACUCCCCCGACUCAGACUCGACUGGACGCGACUCAACUCACACUCGCCUCGCCCGUUUUUCAGUCAUCCCCUUCCCUCCCUUUUCUCUCAUCGUUUCAGCGAUCAUCCCGUUUUCAUUUCUUUUUCCUUUGCUUCCACAGUCUCUGGCCGUCGUCUUCUUGUGCCAAUCACCUCAGACCGACUCAGGACCGGAGACGCGGCAUAAGACAUACUGCAUGAGUCGUCAGCAAUAGCGGCAUCAAUAGCAGCAAUACAGCCGGUAGCACCCACAGCUGCUGCAUCGCACCGAACCGCACCGCACCGCACCGCAGCGCGCAGCGCAUCACAUCAGGUAUCUUGGCCGGGUGUUGGAACGACAGCCAAGAGAGACGCAAAAAAAAAAAAAAAAAACAGCCUUGUUGAGACGCCCGAGUCGACCAAAUCAGACGCCAAAGUGCAGGGCAAAAGGAGCGAGAGCGCAAGUGAGGCCAUGUUCCAGCCUCAACCAACGCCUUUUGCGUUUCACGCCUCGGCACACAACCCAUACUCUCACCCUCAUCCCCACGGUCAUGAUCAAACGUACAUGCAAACCCAGAGUGGCUCGCCGCAGGACCACCGGUCUCAGAACAGCGGAGGCUAUGGCAUCAGCACUGGCGCAGCAGGGUUAGGAGAAAUGAUGAUGAGGAAUGAAGGAGAAGGAGGAGCAAGAGGAAGAGGGGUAGGAAGAGUGGAGAUGAGGAUGAGGAUGGGUAUGGUGGGCGAUGGUGUCGGAGGAGGUGCAUCUCACGACGUCGGCAUUGAUACAGGAAUGGCGGGCUCGCAUUACGGCUACUUGUCGUCAGCGAGAGAAGAGAGGGGAUCAGGAAGCGGCCCUAUUUCUGGCUCUGGCUCUGGCUCUGAUUCUGAUGCUGUUUCUGGAUCUGGUACUGGUUCUCGUUCUGGUGGUGGAGGCCAAGGACAUGGUCUAGGUCGAGGUCGAGGUCAUGGCCAAACUGGAGCUGUUGGACCUGGCAUGGGAGCUGGAGCUGGAGCUGGAGUGGGUUCAUCGUCGGGUGCAUCGUCGGUGGGGCUGGACAGCAUGGGUAACCCCCUGGUGAUGGGCGGCGGCGGCGGUGGUGAUGGUGGUGAUGGUGGCGGCGGCGGCAGGCUAGGGCUGGGGAUGGGGAUGGGACAGAUGGGACAGAUGGGCAUGGGCAUGGGCAACUUGAACGGCAUGGGUAUGGGCCUGGGCCACAGUGGGCUGUCCCUGUCGGCGCAGUCGCAGCCGCGGUCGCAAUCACUGUCACAGUCGCUAUCUGGUGUUAUGGGGAUGGGCGGGGAAGCUGCAGGCACACACAGCCUGAAUGCUGCGUCGCCGGCCGGACCUGGAACCUCGCUAAUGGCAGGAGCAGCACAUCAGCAGCAGCAGCAGCAGCAUCAUCAAUACCAACAGCGCCAACAGCAGUAUCCUGGGCGGCAACAGCAGCAGCAGCAACUACAGCAAAGACAGCUAGUCCCAUCAGCAGCAAUAGCAGGAGCAGUAGGAGGGCCAUUGGCGACAACACCAACAGCGGCUACAGCGCCUGUGGUCGGCCCCGGCCCGGGUGCCGGCCGGGCUCCAGCUGUCAGCAGCACCAGCACCAGCACCAGCACCACAUCGCGUGCAGUUCAGGUUCAGGUUCCAGUUCCUGUUCAGAGUCAGGCUGCUGCACUUGCACAUCAUCAUCAGCAACAGCAACAGCAACAACAGUCUCAGUCUCCUUCAUCUGCCUCCACUCCUCUUCCUCAUCCUUCACUACUACUUCCUCCAACCACCACAACCACCACUUCAACCACCAACGCCAACGCCAACGCCAACGUUGUCUCUGGCGUUUCCGCCGUGGCUUCGGCUGCUACUUCUGCUGCCCACUUGCACCUUAACCACCAUAACAGCCCCGGCGCUGCUUCUGCUUCUGCCUCAUCCUCCUCAUCCUCCUCCUCCUCCUCCUCCUCCGCGUCUUCUUCCUCCUCCUCCCGCUCCCUCUCCCGCUCCUCCCACCCCCAUUCCCACUCCCACUCCCAUUCGUCGUCCUACGGAUACUCCCACGCCAACCUUUACUCCAACCACAACCUCCUCCACGGACACGUCCAGCAACAACGCCCUCUUCCUCCUCAUCCUCAUCCUCAUCCCGGCGCCUCUUCUUCGACAACAUCCUCUUCUGCCUUUUACACCACCAACUCCAACGCCAACCCAGGCUUCACAAACACCGCCGCCGCCCUCGCUCCUGAUCACGCCCACGCUCCCGCCCACGUCGUGAGCAGCACUCGUCCUUCUUCCGCCAUGGAACCCGGCGACCCCUCCGACGUUGCCGCCCAAGAAGCCGCCGCUCGGGAUUAUCAGCCACAGCUCGAGGGUUUAUUGGUGGGCGACAAGAUUACCAGCGACGCCAUAACCGACGAGUACGCCAAGGCUGACGAAAUCUAUGUCGCAAAGACCAUCAACCUUCCCCAGACAUAUUCUCACUAUCGUCCGGUUCAAGGUGAUGGAAAUUGCGGCUGGCGAGCAAUCGGCUUCUCCUACUUUGAGCAUCUCAUCAACAAUGGCGACCAGCAUCAGAUCCUUGGCGAGGCCGCGCGCAUCACGAGCUUAAAUCAGUAUCUCCUCAAUGUCGGCGGCUACGAUCGGAUGUUGUUUGAGGACAUGGUGGAAGAGACGAUUGGCUUGCUAAAAGAUGUCGCCCAGAAUAUUGCCAACCCACAGCUAGCCAUGGACAUCAUGGUCCAGCGCUUCAACGAUCAGGGCUCCUCCAACGCCAUCAUCUACCACCUUCGCUUGUUGGCACUCUCGUGGCUCAAGGGAAAUGUUGAGCUCUACGAACCCUUCAUUCCCGCCGAGACGGGUAUCAUCGGCUAUUGCGCCGAAAUCGAACGCCCAAACAGAGAGAUUGACCAUCUCGGCAUCAUUCUGCUCGUUCAGGUGCUGCUAAAGCCCAUCAACUUCGUGCUGGAGAUUGCAUAUCUGGAUCGUAGCCCAGGAAACCAAGUCAACAUUUACCGCUUUCCGGACGAGGCCAAUGGUCAAGACCCUGCCACUCUGGGCCCCAUCAUCUACUUGCUCUACCGGCCCGACCACUACGACAUUCUAUACAAGUCGCCUCCGAACCCGGCGCCCUUGAAUCUUCAGGUUCACCGUGUUGGUUCCUUUUCUCAUUCUCAAGAGAUUGCGAGCGUGGGCCCCCCUUUGCACAGCUAUUCUCUUGACUACGGCCCCUUGGCCAUGCUGCCCGGAUUCGGGGGCCCGCCCUCGGGUUUGUCUUCCGCCCUGUCUUCACUCGGCUCGCCCACGUCCACAUCUCCGCUCCCAGACGCCUAUGACCCUUCACCUCAAUCUCCUUGGCUCACGACGCCGUACUCUGAUCAUCACAUUCAGCAGCAGCAGCAACAGCAGACGGCACCAGCCCCUCGACCGCAGCCUCAAACGCCAGCUCGACCACAACAGUCGACGCCUGCCCCUACGAAGUCGUCGCAGCCUGUUGACUACCAGCUCAGAUUUAGUCACCAGUGCUGGCAUCUUAACAACACUAGCUCGGCGCAACCGUCAGUGAUACCCGGCCAAGCAGGCUUCCAGGAACCCAGCUUUACUACUGCAAUGUUCAAGAACAGCCAUUUCAACAAGGCGCACUAUAAUAAUCCUCACUUUCAUCCCGAGGAGUGGACUCCGGACGAUGAUGGCCACAACGAGCGGCUGCCGGCGCCCAAGAAGAAGGGAAGAGUCAGGUCGGAUCACUAGGCCAGGCAAUCACACAAACGAUGGGACCACUGUACCAUCAGCCAUUGCGCCAGUGAUAUAUUGGACUUUCGCCGUGGUCCACGGGCAUCAGGAGGCAGACCGUCACUGCGCUUUCCGGGAGUGUAAUGGAGGGGGACGGGGGAACAAGGUGGUGUUACUUGUUUUUUUUUGGGCGGUCUCUGGGGGCCCGCAUUGUGGGAGAAUUAAAAUUUGCCUUGAGUUGGCUCAUUGUGAUUUUAGUGUUUUGCUCUACGCAGAUGGGAAAGGCAUCAUGAUUUUAUGAUGGAGGGCUUCAUCUUCUUCACGACUUUAUUUGGCGGGAGGGUUCGCUCCUCGGGUUGAUACUCAUCAUAGCAUCGGCGUUGAUAAUUAAUAGUACUCUCUAGUGCGCA